ACCGCCGUCAGUCUGCGUGAUGCGUUUAGAAAUCGAAAGAUCUGUAGGAAGACGGCUAAAUGAGGAAGGGAAGGAUGUGGGGUUGUUGCUGUUAGACCCGUUCGGAAGAAAAAAAAACCCGGUUCCCAUUCCCGCAUUCACAUCCUGAGCAAAUACACUUACCGCAAACCAGCCGCCGAACUACCGUCAAAAUGGGGAAUCGCGUAGCUCGGGAGGAUUUUGAGUGGGUUUAUACCGAUCAGCCUCACGCCGACCGGAGGAAAGAGAUUUUGGCUAAAUAUCCACAGAUCAAGUCUCUGAUGGGACCCGACCCCAGACUGAAAUGGAUAGUCUGCACGAUGGUGGCCGUCCAGUUUUUGGCCUUCUAUUUGGUGAAGGACCUGCCGUGGAAAUGGGUCUUGUUCUGGACGUACGUGUUCGGGAGUUGCAUAAACCAUUCAAUGACACUCGCAAUUCACGAGAUUUCCCACAACACGGCUUUCGGCAACAACCGCGCCAAGUGGAACCGCUGGUUUGCCAUUUUCGCCAAUCUGCCCAUCGGGCUGCCUUACUCUGCGUCCUUUAAGCGCUACCACCUGGACCACCAUCGCUACUUGGGUGGAGAUGGCGUGGACGUGGACAUCCCCACCGAUUUCGAGGGCUGGUUCUUUUGCACCCGUUUGCGCAAGCUCUUCUGGAUCAUGUUCCAGCCACUGUUCUACGCCAUCCGUCCUCUCUGCAUCAACCCCAAACCCAUCAGCCAGCUGGAGCUCGUCAAUGUGGCCAUACAGCUCACGUUUAACGCCCUCCUCUACUGGAGCUGGGGUGCCAAGCCCUUGGUCUACAUGAUGAUGGGCUCAAUGUUAGGAAUGGGUCUCCAUCCCAUCUCAGGACACUUCAUCGCAGAACAUUACAUGUUCCUCAAAGGCCAUGAGACCUACUCUUACUAUGGAUCCCUCAACCUGCUGACUUUCAACGUCGGGUACCACAACGAGCACCAUGACUUCCCUAGCAUUCCAGGACGCCGAUUGCCAAUGGUGAAGGAAAUCGCAGCGGAGUACUACAGAGACCUGCCGUGCUACACGUCGUGGGUGAAGGUCCUCUACGACUUUAUCAUGGACGACGAACUGAGUCCGUACUCGCGUGUGAAGAGACGUCUUACAGGAGACAUCAAACAGGAGUGACCGGCGCGGGACGACAUCUGCUCAGCCGUACCAAACCGCAGACUGUUUUAACCUUCGCCUGCUAGAGAGUGAAGCAGGUACUAGCGAUUUUUAGCCAUCAUUUCAGCCUCUGUGACACAAAGGAAAUGGCCAUGUUACCUUUUUCGUUUUUAGCAAGAGUGCUGAUGAAUUUUAAUUGUCAACCAAAACAUUUGAGCUCCUGUGUUGCACAUGGUCUGAAGAUUCAGGUGCUUUUAUUAUAGUUUAAUGGAAUUAUGUUUUGCAUUUGUUUCUAACACGUGCGUGGCCGCUGUUAUACAUUGACCGUUUUUAUUUAAUUGGCCACCAAUUCAUUUAACACUACGUGUUAAAUGAACACUAAGUUUUUUAGUGUUUCCUGUGCUCGCUAACAGUUAUCUAUCUGCCCUCCUGUAUGAAUAACAUUGACAGAGCUAUGAACGCACUAUGGAAGUUUCAUUUCCAGUAGAAUAUGUUCUUGCUGAAGCAAUGCAUCGUUUUGCAAUAACCAUAGAUCUGUGACGUCAGAGAUGACCGAGCGUAUGGUUGAGUACAGUGGAUCUGUAAGUACCGAAAGCAAUUAAUGCUACUCGACUCUCAUUAACAGACACCAAAGUCUGGCGGUUUGGUGUAGAGGACUGUGUGCCUAAGCCUCUGUUAAGUUUCAUUAUUUCAUCAGUUAACCAAAUGAACUGACACACCUUGGCUAACAGUGAAGUACUGAGCUGUCAUCAUUUACACAUUUUAUAUCACAUGAACUGAAAAGCCUUAAUAAAUUUGAGCUGGUGUUUAA